AUGAUUGAGGACUCAGGUCCUAGAAAGAUAAUUUGGUUGCUCGGUGUUCUUGCUGUGCUUGGUAACCUGGCUGUAAUAGCUUGGCGUCUAAUUAGGCGCGACGACCACCGGUUCAGACCUGUCUUCUGACGAAUCUCGCGGUGUCCGACUUUCUCAUGGGAGUGUACCUUAUGAUUGUUGCCAUUCAAGACCAAAUAUGGGCAGGUAUGGGUUUCGAUCACCAGUGUUUCGGUGGGAGCAAUACAACUUCUUAUAUAUUUUUGUCUCUUUUACUAACAGAGCAUUUAUCAUAAGUUUGGCUAGUUUUAUAGUAAGAGAUUUCGAAUCAAAAUGAUGAAACAGUAAGUAACCCUUUUAAGGGUUUUAAAGUCAUUUAAUAAUGACCUUAAAAAAUUAAUUUGACGAGAUGGCACUGAAUCGAGCCUUUUAAAUUUGAGGCCUCAUUAAACUAAAGCUUGCACACAGGCUCGGUACAAGACAUGUACCUUCCAAUAGCCUGUUCCAGGCAAGUGAAAGGCACCCGCCAAUAUGAGCUCAUGAUCUGGAAAAAGGGGGCGGUCGCAGUUUAUUCCCUUUUUAUUUUCGUGUUCGCUUUUCCAAUUUCGCGGGCCCGACUAUCACGGAGCUUCGAACACUCAGGCUAAACUUCGACCAGGUGUCAAUUUAAUUACACUUUUACUAGAAUUUUGACAUCAAUCCUGUGACGUCAUUUUCCGCCAAAAAACCAUUAAAAUUAAACAAGUAAAACCAACAAAACAUGCGCAAUAAAAAGUUGUACCAUCCGGCAAAGUUUCAGUUCAAACGGAUAAAAAUUGUAAGAGAAAACAUUCCUGGGCAUUUUUGAUGUUUUUUUUUUUUCAAGAGUGCAACGUGCAAGUGUAGCUAUUGAUUUCAGAUUCUAAACAUUUACACUCGUAAAUUUUUCAUUAAAUUGACCCCAGCCUUAGCUACUAUAAUACACGUCGUGACUUCGAUCGAAUUCUUUUAAAUAAUAAUGUGACUUGCAAGACAUUUUUCCGGGUAGAGUAUACAAUAGGGUGCACAGACAAGUGAGUGUUAUCACAAUACUGAAACAGUGCUUCAUUUCCAGGUGCUUACUUUAACUUCGACCUCACUUGGCGAUCAGGAACACUUUGUAAACUUGCCGGUGCUUUAUCAGUGCUGUCAAGCGAAGUCUCGGUACUAAUGCUGACUGUUAUAACCGCUGACCGAUUGAUCAGUAUCGUCUUUACAUUCAGCUGUCGCCGACUGACGCUAAAGGGAAGUUACGUUAUUUGCGCAGCCGUCUGGGUCAUCGGAACCCGUCAUUGCCGUCGUUCCAACAAAUGA